ACAUACACACAUACACAUACACAUACACAUUGAUAGAAUCAGUGGUUCAAGUUUUACUUUGUGUUGGUAAUACAAGAACCUGAUGCUUCUCUCUUUCUUUGUAUUUGAUGUGUGAGUGAGUGGUGUUGCUCCUGCUCUUCCUUCCUGCCCUAAUUAAUCUUCUUCUCAUAUUUGUUUUUUUCUUUAUAAAGUCUUUUGUUCUGUACACACAUCUACAUACAUACAUAUAUAACAUUUUGUAUCUCUAUCUCAUUUUCCAACUGACCCAGAAGACAAAAAGCUCAAAAAAGACAAGGUUUCUAUAUCUAUGUCAAUAUAUUUGAAGAAAAAUAUGAGUUGUUCUGGAGUUAUCUUAUGAUGAUCCAUAUCUAAACCAAGCAUGCUUUUGAACAGAUAAGUGGGGCUUUCAUUUUGAAAAAAAAUCUUGAGAGAGAAAGCUAGAGAGAGAACAGUACAAGUUAGUGUCUUGUUAUAUUAUAUAUAUAUAUAAUAUAUACUUAUAUAUAUGCUGAAGGCUAAAGGAGCAGUUGUUGUUGAGAAGGAGAGUUCUUGUGACUGUUUAAACAGCACAAGAAGACAUAAGAUUAUAAGCAGCAGAUGAUAUCCAAUAUUAUUAUUGAUGAUCAUCAUCCACCAUCAGAUCCUUCAUCAUCAUCUCAUCAUCAUCAAAUACAACAAAAUAUCUCUAAUGAUAUCAAGGUUUCUUAUAUAGAUCUGAAGUCUUUAGAUGUUGAUCUUGAUGAUAUCAUCAACAACCAACUUCCUAAAUUCUCUAUAAGGGAUUAUGUUUCCGGCUUAAGGAGCAAGGAUAUUGGCUGUAAUUGGCCUUUUUCUCCAACAAGUUUGCAACUUUGCUUGAAACAUGGAGUCAAGAAUUUGUUGCCACCUUUCCAGUCUCUUGAUUCAUUGAGAAAUAACUCAUCUUUGACUAGAUGCAGUAGUUUUGAAAAUCUUUUGACCGAUGAAGAACUCGUAAGCAGUUUAGAUUGUAAGCUCGGAAAUGAUCAAUCCAAAACCAAGGAAAAACUACCCUUGAAGUCAAUAACUACAAAUUCAAGUGUUUCAAAAGGUCAAAAGUCAAAGGAGAAACCUCCAUCUUCUUUUUCACAAAAGACCGAAAAUGCUUCAAUUCACAUUAAAAAGAGUAGAUUAGUAAUGAAGUUGAAUUCCGGUGUUGAGCGAGUUGAGGAUAUUGUUCCAAACAAUUUCAUUGUCUCUGAAACCAUGGCUUCAAAAGUUUGUCCAGUUUGCAAGAUCUUUUCAUCAUCUUCAAACACGACCCUAAACGCUCACAUUGACCAGUGUUUGACUGGUGAGGGGACCAUGAAAUGGACCGAGAAUCCCAAGGUUAUAGUCAAAUAUAAAGUCAAGCCUAGGAAGAUGAGGUUGAUGGUGGAUAUUUACAAAACAGCUCGACAUUGUACAGUUGAGGAACUUGAUAGAAGAAAUGGUAUAAGUUGGGCUACAAAUUCGAGUUUUCCCGACCAAGAGUGCCAGUUUCAAGGGGAAGAAGAAGACAAAGAAGAAGAUGAAGAAGAGAAGGAAAAAGAGGAAGAAGAAAAAGAAAAAUAUCAAAGACCUGCUACACUUAAUCCUGAAGAAGAGAAAAAAGAGCGAAAAACGACUAAUAUUGUUAUUUCUAAAGUUGCUAAUAAUGAAGGUGAUGUGUAUAUUGACACCAAUGGCACUAAGUUUAGGAUCUUAUCUGUGCCAAAAGCUAGUUCCUUGGAAAAAAAUCGAGCUCGGAAGUUAGUAAAGGGGGUAAAAGGGAGUAAAGUUACGAUGGGCAAGAAAAAAAACUAUAAUUAUAAGCAGAAACAUCAACAAAAGCAUUGCAAAGUUAUUCGUAAUGCCCAAAAGUUAUGCUCACCAAAGCCGCAGGCGACAAGUGGUCAAGGAGAGGCUGUUGCCAUGGCCGAAAAUUUCAGAAAAGAUAAACCUUGCAGAGAGCCUAUGAAAUUGGCUGAUUUGGCUAUUACAAGACCACCAUGGGCAUGCUCUAAGCGAACCGGUCUGUUGAAAAAGUUCAGUGGCAAGAAACUAAGAGUGGAAUCAAAAUCUCAUGAAAUGAAAGAUUUGCUUGUUGAAAGUGAAAGGUCUUUUUCAGAAUGUGAUUUGGGAACUCCUCAAAGCUCAUUUGAUAAGGUGCCUUAUUCUCAAAUUAGGAAGAAAUUGAGAAGUUCUUCGUUAUCUAGGCAGCCUCUAAGGACUAAUAAGAUAGUUGAGUUUGGAAAGGAAGACAUAUGUAUGCAAAGUGACGAUGACGACAAUGAAGACAACUUUGAUGAUUGUGGUUCUCCGGAUGCAAUUCCAUCACAAUAUUCUGAUGGGGCUGAUAAAUCUACAGAUAAGAAGAUGCAAUAUUUGGACAAGAAUAUUUCAUUCCCAGCUGCCAAGAUCAAUUUGAAAAGAAAGUUUACAGCUUUGGGGAAGUCUCGGGUCUGUGGCUUAUUGAACAACGUAUCUGGUGAUGGGCCAUCUCAAGAUUCUUUAGAAGAGCAAUCUAAUAUGGAAGAACACCCGGCUUCAAAAAGUUCAAAUGAAGAAUCUUCUGAGGGGAUUCAAAGUGUGAAUGGGGAUGAAUUAGAAUCUGUUAGAAAUGAGACAUUAUUAUCCAAUGUUGACCAAGUGUGUAUUCUUCCAGCCCCGAGUUUUAUGGAUUUAAGCAGCACUUUCAAUGCAGAGUUUUCAAAGCAGGAGCGCAUUGGGCUAUAUGAAGAUCAAUUAUGUUCAACUAACCGUGCUCCAGAUGAUGUUGAGAAACAAGAAAAUUACUUCCAAGAGGUCGAUCCUAUACCUAUUCCUGGACCACCUGGAUCAUUCUUGCCCGCCAGCCCCGGUGGAGAAAUGGUUACUGAGGAACAUAUUCAAACAAAUAGAGUUCUGUCAAAUGAAAACCAGCAUCUUCAUGAUACCAUGGAUCAUGAUUCCAUGUCCAAUUCUCCGGUUUCAACCGUCUCUAAUUCAAGAUCUACUUCUGUGCAAGAUGAUGCAUAUAAAAGAUCCUUUGUUAAUGGUGAUAUGGGGUUCACAGAAAGGGGUUUAUCUCAUAAUAGUUUUAAGAAUGAUCAGCCUUGUUGUUGCUCAAGAAAGGAGGUUGCUUUCAACUAUCAAGAUUCGUGUAUUUCAAGAAAACAACCGGUUGAACCUAACAGGAGCAUUCCAAGUGCUUUUGACUUCAAACCUGAGAUGUUUCCGCCGCCAAACAAUUAUUCCGCUUCACCAGUACCUGGUUCUGCUGUCAGCCCUUCUAAACCAGUUCUGAGGUUAAUGGGAAAGAAUUUAACCGUGGCCAAGACUGAUGAAGAUGAAUAUAGACAACCUCAAUCAAGUCAACAACAUCCUCAAUUACCUGUGAUCUUUAGCCACAAGUACCAAAAUGGGAAUGAAUAUCACGAUUUCAAUGUUCAUACAUCGAGUACUAGGAGAAGUCAUGUUGACUUGCAGCCUAUUCAUGGUGGUUUCUUGGAACCUAUGGAUCAUUAUGAUCAUGGUGGUCCUUACCUUGGACCUGCGGAUUCUCAGGCAAGGUCAUACCAUGGUCAUAACAUUCUUGAUUUUCAAGCAGUAGGUGGGACUAAUGUUUAUAAUGUCACUUCAAGUUCCAAAUCUGUUGAUCAGGAGAUCAUCAUCAUUGAUGAUUCCCCUGAAAUUGAAGCUGAUGAUUGUAUGCGAAAUGAGUAUUUGAAAAAGAAUCAGAAACAAAUGAACCCGGUUUAUCCUAUGUACCCAUCACAAAGAUCUACUCAUCCAUAUGGUGGUGGUGGUGGUGGUGGUAAUUCAUCGUUGUUCCAUGAUGGUCGAUUUCAAAAUUGGACUAAUGGAGAUCUUGGCAAGUGGAGUAUACGAUCCGGUCAAUCAUCAUCAUUAUCGCCUUCAAUGGCUCAUUUGAGAUCUUCACCAAACACAUAUUAUCCUCCUAGCUAUCCUUGAUGGAUCAACGCUUACAGAUGAGUUUUUUUUGCUUCAUAUAUCUUCUUGAAUAGUUUGUAAUCCAUAGCCUUAGAUUUAUAAGAACAUUUCUGAGGCUUCUGUACACGGGUAACCUUAAUGCUAUCCGAAUAAUAAGUUGUCUCUCUUUAACUAUAAUCACUAUUUCAUGUGUUCCUUGAA